AUGUCGCUGUGCUUGAAUUUCGUGACUGGCAACACCAACAAGUUACGGGAGGUGAAGGCCAUACUGGAACCUGGGAUUGAAGUUCGAAGCAGACCACUGGACAUCGAGGAGGCCCAGGGUACCAUUGAAGAGGUCACCAAAUCCAAGUGCCGUAGAGCUGCUGAACUUGUCAAAGGUCCAGUACUUGUAGAGGAUACUGCGCUAUGCUUCAACGCCUUAGCCGGCUUGCCUGGACCGUACAUCAAAUGGUUUCUGGCAGAUAUUGGCCAUGAAGGCCUUAAUAACCUUCUUGCUGCCUAUGCAGAUAAAUCCGCCGAAGCAGUUUGCACGUUUGGCUACUCCGAAGGACCAGGACACGAACCCAUCAUUUUCCAAGGAAGGUGCCCAGGGAGAAUUGUGCCUGCAAGAGGACCCAAUCAUUUCGGAUGGGAUCCUAUUUUUGAGUACGAAAGUAAAACAUUUGCGGAAAUGGAUGGCGCCCAGAAGAAUGGAAUUUCCCACCGAAGUCGGGCUUUAGAGAAGUUGCAGACGUGGUUCCACAACAAAGUCUGA